AUGACGUGUUUACUGUGUGCAGCUGGAGACGAGACAGUCACACUGCAGGAAGUGGAAGGAACCACUAUAACUCUCCAUACUGGGAUAACUGGAAUUCAGAGUGAUGCUCAGAUUCAGUGUUUCUAUGGACCUGAGAAAGCAGAGGAAAAGAUAUUGAUCAGUCAGGUGUUUAAAGGAGAAACUGUGACAGAAAUCAGUGAGAGAUUUAAAGAGCGACUGCAGUUGGACAGAAUCAGUGGAGCUUUAACCAUCAGGAACAUCAGCAGAAACCUUUCUGGAGUUUAUUUAUUGCAAGUUCUUACUGGACGUCUCUCAUCCAGGACUUUCAGUGUCACUGUUUAUGGUUUACUGUGUGCAGCUGGAGACGAGACGGUCACACUGCAGGAAGUGGAAGCAACCACUAUAACUCUCCAUACUGUGAUAACUGGAAUUCAGAGUGAUGCUCAGAUUCAGUGGUUUUAUGGACCUGAGAAAGCAGAGAGAAAGACACUGAUCAGUCAGGUGUUUAAAGGAGAAACUGUGACAGAAAUCAGUGAGAGAUUUAAAGAGCGACUGCAGCUGGACAGAAUCAGUGGAGCUUUAACCAUCAGGAACAUCAGCAGAAACCUUUCUGGAGUUUAUUUAUUAAACGUCAUCAGUGAACAUCUCUCAUCUAGGACUUUCAGUGUCAGUGUUUAUGCUCCAGUAUCAGCUCCAGUAAUCAGAAAUCAAAGAGGAAAGCGAAGCGUGUCUUCUACAGAGCCGUGUUUCCUCCUGUGCUCUGUGGAGAAUGGAGAAGAUAUGAAGUUAUCCUGGUACAGAGAGAAUGAGAGAAUCUCCAUCACCAAUAACACAGAUCUCUGUGUUCCCCUCAAUCUCACACUUCAGAUACAACACCCAGAGAAUAACACGAACUCUUAUAUCUGUGUGUCUGCAAACCCUGUCAGCAAUAAAACAACUUCUCUCAACAGCACCCAGCUCUGUAAUUAUAACUCAGGACAAACUGAUCGUUCCCGUUCAUUGCUCCCUGUCCUGAUAUCUACUGGAGUUUUCCUGUUAUUAAUAUCCAUACCUGUGUGGGUUUGGCUAAAGAGAAAACACAACAAGUUUCUGAAAAAACUUGGGGAACUGACUUACACUGAGGUGGAAUUUACAGCUCGCAGUGCAGAGAGAGUUAAAAAGGAAGAAGAUUCGAGAAUAACGGAUGAUGAUCAAGAGCAGAAAACCUUCGUGCUGUAUUCAGUGAUGAAGAGACUCUCAUAAUUCAAUACAUCCUUCUUUUGUUUUGGUCACAAAUGAUCUCUGUAUUCUGGAAACCACUGAUAUGUUUACAUCAUGUAUAUUCGGUUUAAUAGGAAUUAAAGUUUUCAUGAUGAUAUUACAAGAAGUAGAUUCCACGGCACGGUGGUGUAGUGGUUAGCAUGGUCGCCUUACAGCAAGAAGGUUCCGGGUUCAAACCCAGCGGCUGGCAAGGGCCUUUCUGUGUGGAGUUUGCAUGUUCUCCCCGUGUCUGCGUGGGUUUGCUCUGGGUGCUCCGGUUUCCCCCACAGUCUAAAGACAUGCAGUUAGGUUGACAUACGGCAGCCUUGGGCUGAGGUGCCCUUGAGCAAGGUACCUGACCCCUGACUGCUCCCUGGGCGCUUUGGUGUGGCUGCCCACUGCUCUGAGUGUGUGCGUGUUCACUGCUUCAGAUGGAUUAAAUGCAGAUGAUGAAUUUCACUGUGCUUGAAGUGUGCAUGUGAUGAAUAAUAAAGGUUUCUUCUUCUUCCA